ACUUGGAAUCACGGAUAUUUAUAAACAUAAUCUUUUUGUGUGAUCUUUUUUACCGCUCCAGCUCAAUAAAUAGACUGACUUUUGAGUUUGGACCGGUCUACGUCUGUCAGUAGUUAGGACAUUUUAACAAUUAACACGAUUAAAAUUGUCUUUGGUCCCACCUAUUCAUUUUCGGUGUUUGUGACUGAGACUGAGCAUGCUGAGACUCAUGUCAUGACUUGAGAUCUCAACCUGGCCACUCAUUCAAUGAACAAGGUUAUUAUGUGGUUUAGCCCUUCUGAAAUACAUGUAAUAGUAAUGCUUCAACAAGAAGGAAGGACAAAUGGACAAGCAGAGACAAAUAAAUUGAUACCCUACUGUCAAAUUUUGCAGUUCCUGAAAAAUAUAUUUUGUGAAAUAAAAAUAAUUUUUUGAUGAUCAGGUGUAAAUAUUCACUUUUGAAUGGCAUGUGCCUUUAAACUGAAAUUAACAACUUGUAAUAUACUGUGCUGUACAACUGGCAAGUUUGCCUUUGCUUGCUAAACAAUUUGAUGAGCUGGAUUAGCAAGGCAACAUUAACCAUUCAAUUGAUGCAAUAUCAUGAGGUUCACAAUCAUGCGGGUCGAUGGCUUUUGACUGCAGCGGUGCCAUACCUGUUUCUGAUUCUCUGACGCGGAAUAAUCAAAAGUGUUCUAAAGAUGUCGUGCAAUGAAGCUUGGACCAGAGAUGCUAUUAGACUGCUUUUGGAAUUCCGGGCCGAUGAGAACGUGAAGGCUCAAAUGGACGGGACGAGUAAAAAUCAGUACGUCUAUCAACAGAUCGCCAAGGCUUUAGCGGAGUGCGGAGUCCGGAAAACCCGACUGCAAGUGAAAAAUAAGCUGAAAUACACCAAGGUAAGGUGGUUUCAGUCACUAAGGAACGUCAAGAGUGGGUGCCAAAAGAAAGUGGGUGCUUUUGACGCACUGUGCAAGGCGAUAUGGGGUGAUGAUCCUCUGUGCACAAAUCCAGAAGCCAAUGAUAGUAAGGACAGGGUGACCAAUGAAAACGCAGCAAGGGGCCUGGAGAGUGCUCUUAGCAGGGAUGUACUGGUGAAGCAAGAAGUCAAUUCCAUCGACUCUGCUGAUGGUGAUGGGGACGAACCCUCGUUCGGUUGGGAAGAAGAUUCCUCUCCCCUAUCUGGCUCAGUUUCAGCAACUGAAGAUGAAGACCAACAACAUGCAUUUGAUCAGAGGAUGAAGAUUAAUGUUAAACAAAAGAGGAGGAUGAGUGAAAGUGAAUCCGAAGAUGACAAUGAUGGUCCCUUAGAUCGCCAGUGCCUAAUGCUUUCGUUAGCUGCUAAGAAGCGAGAACUGACCAUAGAAGACCAGAGGAACAUCAGGAAGUUUUCUGAAGAACCGGGUUCCAGUAUAAAUAGCAGUAUGAGAGCCCUUACUGCUCGGAAACGGAGGAAAGUAAGGGACACUCGGCUUGAGGAGAUAACCUCUGCAGUAUCCAGAGUGGUUGGGGUCCAGCUUGAUCGACUUCACGAGAGGUUCCGCCGGGAGGAGGAGGAGAGUCUUGCCGCCCAGCGAGCCUGGGAAGAGAAAAUGGAAAGAAGGCACCAAGAAUCGCAACGGAAACUCGUAGAAGAACUCAACGCCGGCCAAAUGCAAGUCAUGGAAAUGUUCACCAAGACGAUGUGUAUGAUGACUUCUGGUGCACAGCAUCCGUCGCAACCGCAACCUGGCCGAGGCGUUCCACUGAAUCAUCAUACGCAACAUGUUACGGGAGUUUGGACGCUUGAAGAGGAGAAAUUGCUUCUGCAAUUCCGGGCGGAGAAGCGGGUGAGGGAGCGGCUGGACGGUACGUGCAAUAAUAAGCACGUUUAUCGGGACAUUACUAAGAAGCUGGCCGAGCGUGGAGUGGUGAAACAGGCCAAGGUGGUAAGAAACAAACUGAAGUAUCUCCGAAGCAAGUGGCAGAAGGCGUUGCUCAGGGAAGGUAGCCGAUGCGAGGGCGAAAAGAAAGUCAAGAUUUAUCACAGGGAACUGUGCGCGGCAAUAUGGGGGCAUAACCCUGGUGGUAUGAGUGAUGGUUUGCCUAAAAAAAUGAUAGACUCGGAUUGUGAGGAUGAUGAUGACGAUGAUGACGACGACGAUAAAGAACUUGUAGAGCAGGAAGAAAAGCCCAUUGCCUGUGUUGAUGCCAGAGAGCCUGGCUGGGAGGAAGAAUCUUCAUCGCCAUCAGGCUCUAACAUUAGAUCAUGUUCAGUGACCGACGAGGGGGCCCGUUGUGCCAUCGGUGACGACCUGAAGACUCAUUCAGAUGCAAGCAAUGCAUCCUCUGUGAAGAAUACGGAUGAACUGGAGAAGUCUGGGCACCAGGGGACAAUGCUGGCAGCAACCGCGUCGGUGAAGGAAGAACCCAAUGAUAUCCAUGAGAGCGAAGUUCAUCAAAAUCCUCGCCAGGAGACGGAGGAGGAUGAGCAUCUUACCGCUCAACAAGCCUGGGAAAAGAGAAUGGAAAGGAUCCACCAAGAAUCGCAAGCGAAGCUCAUCGGUGAACUGAGAGCGGGGCAAGAGCAGUUCAUGGACAUGUUCACCAAGGCCAUGGGCUUGAUGACUCCUGGGGUGCAGUAUCCGCCACGGCCUCAAACUGGCCAAGGCGUUCCAUUAUUAAACCAUCACCCGCUGCAACCGCAACCUGGCCAAGGCAUUCCAGUAAAUCAUCAUUCGCUUCAACGUCAAUCUGGCCAAGGAGCUCCAUUAAACCAUCAUCUGACAAGACCGCAACCUGGCCAAAGCAUUCCAUCAAACCAUCAUCCGCUACAACGUCCAGGAGAAAGAAGCCAUACUAAACCCUCAUCAUUUCGACAACCUAAUACAAGUUGGACGAAAGAGGAGGAGCUCCUGCUUUUGAAGUUAAGGGCUGAGAAGGACAUAACGGAUCAAAUGGACGGGACGUGCAAGAACCACGUGGUUUACCAGCAAAUUGAAGAGAGGUUGGCCGAGUGCGGGAUCAUGAAAGGCACAAUGGUUAUCCGCAACAAGCUGAAGUACCUGCGAAAGAAGUGGCAUUAUGAUCUAGAGCAUAACAACCGAAAGAGGAAGUUUGGGCCUCUCUAUCAACUCUGCGAAGUAAUCUGGGGACAUCCGUCCGGCCCUGGUGACACCGAUAGCAACAUGCCCGAUGAAACCGCAAAUGGUGACUUGGAUUAUGCUGAUGAUGAUGACGAUGAGGAUGUCGAUGAUGAUAUGGCGAGUUUUGGAUAUGAGAUCGAUCGAAAGCCUUCCCUCAAUGCCACGGAAGGGACGUCAUCAUCCAGCCACUGGCAAAGAGAUAUGUCUGAUCAGUUUGAUCUAUCAAAGUUUGACAUCGAUUAAGUCACUCCAAUCAGUUGCCACCCUAUCUCACCAAGGGAUGAGUGCAACCAUGUUGGGAUUUGCAAACUUUUGUAAAGAGUUGCAACUGUUUGUGAAUGUUGGUUUACAACAUCAAAAGCCGUCUGCGAGUAGAUGUGACCAAUACACAAAGGUGUGUUGGUCGUUGGAUGAUUUUUAGCUGUUAGAAUUCAAAUAUGGAAUUUUUUUCAGCUGCUAGACUUCAAAUUUUGCAUUUUUUCCAGUCAUUAGAAUUCAAACUUGGCAUUUUUCAGCCGUUUGAAUUCAAACUUUGCAUUUUUUCAGCUGUUGGAAUUCAAAUUUGGCAUCUACAUGUACUGUAUCUUCCUCUCUUGGUAAUGUAAUGAGCUCUUAAAUCUACAGACAUAGAUUAUUUCCUGAAAUUUUCUACCCAUUCCAUGCAUGAAAAGGGACGAGACAAGACAAAAGUACAAAAAGAAUUUAUUUUGAUGUUUAAUCAGUUAAUUAUUCCAAUAGAUCUUUUACAUCACAACCAUUUAAAAGGCACACACGUUCGUAUCGUCUAGUUAUAAUUUGCAUAGUUAUAUAGUUUGGUACCAUACUGCCAUACUUUGGCAAAAGGAAGCAAGUUACAAAAGUAUCAUUUGUUAUAAAUGAGCAAUGUGUUUUUGUGAUUUACAUAGGCGUCAAUGCAAUUUAACAGCAUAUUGUCUUCAAUAUCUCUCCAUAUAACGAUCAUUUCUUCCCCCAAUUAUUGCCUCAACGUGGGGCAUACAAAGGGUGUUAACAAUAAUUGAAUUAUGACUGAUGUGUCACUUGCUUCCUUUUGCCAAAGUUGGGCAGCAUAGCCAGGGCAUAUUCUAGUUUAACUGGGCUAUUUAAAACCAGAUGAGUGUUUCAUAAAGCUGUUCGUAAGUUAAGAGCGACUUUAAGAUCGACUGGUGAUCCUUUCUUGUGGUAAAUGAUAUUGACCAUUAAAUGUUCAUUGGUGAUUAUUUAGAGCGUAAGAAAGGUUCACCAGUCGUUUUUUAAAGUCGCUCUUAACUUAAGAACAGCUUUAUGAAACACCCACCAGGUGUUUUAUUUUACUGGGAAGGGGGGUGAAUAUGCCCCCCCCCCCCCACCAGCCCAUCAGAUCUCAGCUACCCUGGAAAUCUGCGUGCACAUAAAGAUAUAAAAAAAUAUAUUUAUAUAAGUACAUGUAUACCUAAUUAACGAUCCCCAGAAGUAUUUUUUUCUUCCUAUAAACUCACAAUAGGUAGUAAAAUGCUAUUUAUUUAUGUUGACUCUCUUACAGCUACCUGCAAAUUAGAAUUAAUUUUCUAAGUGUGUAAUUAUUUUUUCAUUUCUUCUCUGUUUCUUAAUAAUUUAUCAAUGAAUUUUGUCUGAGACCUUUUACAAUGAUAAAGUGUAAAAAAAUAAAUCCCUAUCUUCGGGAUAAAGCAAAAAUCAUCUUAGAUUUCUGAGUUUUGGUUGAUAACACAAUUUGCUUUGAUUUUAUACACAAAAUCAUAUUUCUGAACAAUUUUAAGGUUGAGAUGCAUGUAUAGAAAAGUUAGGAAUUUGCAUCAGAUUUUUCAUGAAAAUGGUCUCAAAACAUGCACACGAUUUUUGACGGAAGAGUUUUCACCAAAUUUUGUCGAAAGGGGAGGGGGUGGGGGUGGUUCAACCCUCAUUAAGUAAGGGUUUAAAAGAUAAGUAUCCAGUCAAAGUAACAGUUUGGAUGUAUUAUUUUGAAUAUUAAUUUUGAAUACUAGUGUAAAUGAAUUAUGCAAUUGUAAUUUAUUAAAAAAUAUACAUGUAAUCCUACGCAUACAAUUGACAUCACAGUUUUGAUUAUUUUAUAUAAUUUAUUUUCUAACAUGUAUUUCUGAUAUGAUUAGUUGCAUGCAUCGGCGCGUUGUUAUGUUUGUGAAUAUGCACUGUACGAGUAAUGUUCAUUAUUAUUAUGACAAUACAUGUACAGUAAUUUAGAUUAAAAUAACCCGGGUAAAUUGCAUACAUGUCCGUAGACAAGAUGAUGUAGUCUGCUGUGCAACCCUUCACUUGAGUUCAGUGGUCUGGUCUGAAUAUGCAGCCUACAAUGUGUACAGAAGGCUCUCUCGUUCAAACAGUAAGCUUUAUAUGCGUGUGCUAGUCUCGUGUGAAGACCCAACCGUGGAUCAAAGUUUCAAUUGGGGUCUGUGUCCGCAGACUAUUCAUGAUUCAGUCAUAUUGUUAGUUUUUUAUUUCAUGCUCUGCAAAGUGACUGUGGAUUAUUAUGACACGACAUUUGCUCCUGGCCUUAUUUCGUCUGAUUCAGUCAUUACAUUGGUAGUUCUUUAUUUGGUGCUCUGCAACGUGACUGGAUUAUGGUAACACAACAUUUUCUCUGGCGACAAUUGCUCCAGGCCUUAUUUCAUCUAAGAUAUAGGGUUAGGGUUGCAAAAGGGUUUUUCGUUAGGUUUAGGAUAAAAUCCAGGGUUGAAGUUGGUAAUCCCAUUAAUGUGUGAAAGGAAAUGAUAUUGUCGCUGGAGCAAAUGUCUUGGGAAACGUGGAUUAUGAUAAGCUUUGAAAAAGGAGCAGUUAAUAAGGUCGCAUGACAUGUGAUUUAUACAUGUGACUCGUUUUCAUGGCUAAAAACUUAUUCUUUUUCUCUGCUUACACCUCUAUCCCACAAAAUGGUGGGUGUUUCAUUAAGCUGUUUGUAAAGGUACGCCUGAUGUAAUGCUUGACCAGGGGUGUGAGAGUUCAGAUUUUUAUCUGAUUUCAGAUUUUUUUUGUUUUGAUUUUCAGCUGAAUUUCAGCUUAUAUCUGGCUUUCCUCUGUACAAAAAAUAUGGGAGCUCUUUCUAUGUCAGACUUUUUCAAUACUCUUCAGCUUUUUUCAGAUCUUUUUAUUUGUGACCACUCACACCCCUGUGCUUGACUGGAAUGCAAUCUUAGUUGCUAAGACAUCUAUAUAGGGAUAUGACAUUGAUUACAAGAAAGGGUCACCACUCGUGCCUGAAGUCAUUCAUAACUAGCGAACAGCUUUAUGAAACACCCACCUGGUUCCAUUUUACAUAUGAAGAGCUCUCUCGCAAAAGGGGUAGGUCCACACAGUAUUUUUUUGGAAAAGAAUAUUAAAAAAAAUAUGAAGACAGGUAGAUUUAUAUUAUACCCAAUGUUAUGUUCUCAUGGUAGGGUAUCAUGAAAAUUUAGUUUCGCAUAAGAAUAUUGCCAUAUGGGAGAAUUAAAAAAAAUGAUUUUCUUGGAGUGGACCUAACCCCUUUUGAAAACAAACUAUUCUAAAAUGAGAGCUAAUUUGUCAAAAGAGGUUAGGUCCAUUGUUCAUAAAUUUUUAUUGUAUUCUGUCUGAAAACCUCUAAAUUUUUAGUCAUUCUGAUGAAAACAAAAAGUUGAAAUUCACAUGAAAAAUCACUUUUUUAAUCAAAAUAGAUUGGAUUCAUUUCAGUUUAGUUGCAAAAAUAGAAAACAAUUGAAGACAGGUAAAUUUCUUUUAUACCCAAUUUUAUGUUCACAUGAUAGGGUAGUACAUCAUGACAAGUUAGUUUCUCAUAAGAGUAUUGCAGUAAGUGAGAAUAAAAAAAACUUGGUUUUUCUCGGAAUGGUAAAAAGUGGACCUAACCCCUUUUGCAACUAAACUCUUCAUAUACUAAAUUGCUCCCACUGCUUACUAACUCUUUCCAUCGGCUUGCUUCAAGUUAUGUUACAGUAACAUAUUAAUAUUAUUAUUAAUAUAUGGAAGCGCCGUGGUGUAGCGGUUCCGACUCUUGCCUUGUAUUAAAUCAGAGGGUCGUGUGUUCGAAUCCCACCAUGGCCUAGCGUCCUUUGGCAAGGCGUCAAUCCACACUUUGCCACUCUCACCCAGGUGCUAAUUGGGUACCGGUAGGAAACGACUAGUCUGCAGGCACAGACCCUGAUUGGAACUUUGAUCAAUAAGUGUGCCUCCACGCAAAGACUAGCACAUACAAAACAGCGAGAGAGCCUUCAGUACACAAGGCAUGAGUAGGCUGCACAUUCAGACCCUUAACUCGAGUGAAGGGUUUGCCCAGCAGACUAGGAAACUACUGCCAUUGUGGUUGGUUUAGCAAAUGUGUGCCUAACAGGCUGCUUGAAAUGCUAUGAAUCCAAUGACCGGGUAAUAAUAAUUGUGAAGCGCUUUGAGCAGUCGUAGACUGAUAAAGCGCUAUAUAAAUGCCAAUUAUUAUUAUUAAUGAUAUUAUUAAUUGACCUUUCAGUUGAUAUCAUCAUCAUGGUGACAAUUAUAAUAACAACUUAGGAGGUAAAACUACUACACUUAAACUACUGCUGCUGCUGAUGGGUAUUUUAUGGUAAUAUUUGCCAUUAUUGCCAUUAAACAUACACAACAAUGAAAAUAAUAAGUUUAGUACAUAAAAAGCUGUUGAAAGUACAAAAUAAAAAUAAAAUGUCUUGAAAAUGCUUUGAAAUUUCAAAGCUCAAAAACUUCAAGGGCAAGGCCAAGGCUUUGAAAAAUAUCGGCCUUUUGGGCCAAGAUGGAGCAUCAAGGCACUAUAAUACUGUAAUGUAAUGCAUAUUUUAUAAAAAUGUGGAGUAAUUGUAAACAAUAAACAGAAAUAUAACUUUGCAUUAUUUUAAAACGAGUGAUAAAUCAGGGUGUAGAGAUACUGUUUUUUUGUACUCGAUGAUGCAACCGUGAUUAAAUGAAAUUUUGAAAUGAAAACUGGAAA